GGGCUCCGUGCACGCGCACUGCGCCCCGCGCCCGCCGCAGCCUGCGACCCCGCGCCGCGCCGCAGAGGGCGGCAUGCGGGACUACGACGAGGUGACCGCCUUCCUGGGCGAGUGGGGGCCCUUCCAGCGCCUCGUCUUCUUCCUGCUCAGCGCCAGCAUCGUCCCCAACGGCUUCAGCGGCCUGUCGGCCGUGUUCCUGGCGGGGACCCCCGAGCACCGCUGCCGCGUGCCGGACACCGCGAACCUGAGCGGCGCGUGGCGCAACCACAGCGUCCCGCUGCGGCUGCAGGACGGGCGCCAGGUGCCCCACAGCUGCCGCCGCUACCGGCUGGCCGCCAUCGCCAACUUCUCGGCGCUCGGGCUGGAGCCGGGGCGCGACGUGGACCUGGCGCAGCUGGAGCAGGAGGGCUGCCUGGACGGCUGGGAGUUCAGCCAGGACGUCUACCUGUCCACCAUCGUGACCGAGUGGAACCUGGUGUGUGAGGACGACUGGAAGGCCCCCCUCACGAUCUCCAUGUUUUUCGUGGGGGUGCUGGUGGGCUCCUUCGUGUCGGGGCAGCUCUCGGACAGGUUCGGCCGGAAGAAAGUGCUGUUUGCCACCAUGGGCAUGCAGACGGGCUUCAGCUUCCUGCAGGUCUUCUCCAAGAACUUCGAGAUGUUCAUCGUGCUGUUUGUCCUUGUGGGCAUGGGCCAGAUCUCCAACUACGUGGCGGCAUUUGUCCUGGGAACGGAGAUUCUUGGCAAGUCGGUCCGCAUCAUAUUCUCCACGCUAGGGGUGUGCAUAUUCUAUGCGUUUGGCUACAUGGUGCUGCCGCUGUUUGCUUACUUCAUCCGGGACUGGCGGAUGCUGCUGCUGGCGCUGACGGUGCCGGGGGUGCUGUGCGUGGCGCUGUGGUGGUUCAUCCCCGAGUCCCCGAGGUGGCUCAUCUCUCAGGGGCGAUUUGAAGAGGCUGAGGUGAUCAUCCGCAGGGCGGCCAAGAUCAACGGGACCGCCGCCCCCUCCACCAUCUUCGACCCGAGUGAGCUACAAGACCUGAGUUCUAAGAAGCAGCCGACGCACAGCAUCCUGGAUCUGCUCCGAACCCGGAACAUCCGCAUCGUCACCAUCAUGUCCAUCAUCCUGUGGAUGACCAUAUCUGUGGGCUAUUUUGGGCUUUCCCUUGACACUCCUAACUUGCACGGGGACAUCUACGUGAACUGCUUCCUCUCGGCGGUGGUGGAGGUGCCGGCGUACGUGCUGGCCUGGCUGCUGCUGCGGCACCUGCCCCGGCGCUACUCCAUGGCCACUGCGCUCUUCCUGGGCGGCAGCGUCCUCCUCUUUGUGCAGCUGGUGCCCCCAGACCUGUACUAUUUGGCUACGGUCCUGGUGAUGGUGGGCAAGUUUGGGGUCACCGCUGCCUUCUCCAUGGUCUACGUGUACACGGCUGAGCUGUACCCCACCGUGGUCAGGAACAUGGGCGUGGGCGUCAGCUCCACGGCCUCCCGCCUGGGCAGCAUCCUGUCUCCCUACUUCGUCUACCUCGGCGCCUAUGACCGCUUCCUGCCCUACAUCCUGAUGGGAAGUCUGACCAUCCUGACCGCCAUCCUCACCCUGUUUCUCCCAGAGAGCUUCGGCACCCCACUCCCGGACACCAUUGACCAGAUGCUGAGGGUCAAAGGAAUAAAAUACAAGCAGACUUCAAAUCACAGGAGGAUGUUAAGAGACGGCGAAGAAAGCCCAGUCAUCCUUAAGAGCACGGCCUUCUAACGCAGGCUCCAAUGAGUGAGGGACGUGAGAGGAAAAGACUGCAUCUCGUCGGCCCGGCCCGUGCAGACGCGGAGCCCUUCGGGGACAAAGGCCAUUACUGUUCAUUCUCUUACCUGUGUCUGGCUCGCUGGCGGACGGCCGCCCAGACACAGAGGCCGCGUGGAGUCCCCGAGCACCACCUUCCUCUGGGGACACCGUGGCUGCCUUCCGACCACUUCAGAUCAGUCCUGACGUUCAUGACGGUGCACUCGACACUUCCUAAGGAGUUGAUAAUUGACCAGAGCCAAGGGGGAUUUGGAAGAAUGUGAGAAGAAUCUGCUAGAUUUACAUUUUAAUUCUAGACAACCUGAAAAGGCCCCUAAUAAAACUGCAGGCCUAAGUCCCCCCACCCUUCCUUCUAACGGUGACCUUUAGAGGAACAGAAAUAGUUUCCCAGGAAGUUUGAUUUCUCACCUUUACUUGGUUACAAAUGACAUUAACUAGGACAGUCCCUACCCAGGGCAGGAGAGCACAGGGUCUGGGUAGAGCUAAUGGCACUUCGAGAUGGAGAGUGAGCAGGUGCAGAGUAUGGGGCGGGCAAGUGCAUUGUGUGCGAGCUCUUGGGCUACUCGGUGUGACGCUGGGUGGGUUUGUUUACAUCUGAUCAAAGCACUGGGCUUGUCCAGGCCCAUACGAAAAACAUCAUUAGAUCCACUAUUCUUGUUUUCCACUGCUGUGUGAAUCAAACCUCCUCACUACUGUGGCUUCUUGGAUAUGGUUUGAAGGAAGUGUAUUAGUGAGAAAGAGAGACAAGCAACUUUGUCUUUUCUCUGAAAACUGCAGUGGGUUUUGUUUUGUUGUUUUAUUUGUUGUUGUUGUUGUGUCUUUUUCUCCUUAAGUUAUUUGCCUUUCAGAAUAGACUUGGGGAAGGCUGGUUCCUUAGCCUCCUGGUGUGUGUCCUUUCCUUUCUCCUUUCCUUUCUCCUUUCCUUUCCUUUCCUUUCCUUUCCUUUC